AUGAAAUUUUCAACAAUUGCAUAUUAUUUACUGCUAGCUGUCACAGUAUCCGCUCAUGGAGAUCAUUCACAGACUGUCCUCAAACAAAAGCCAUCAAAUGUAAAUUGGCAAGAUUGGCAUAUGCAUGAAGAACAUAAUUUAGAUUCAUAUGAUGGUAAAACAUUCUUUAUAAUGCAUGAUUUAAAAGGUGCUGGAAAAUGGGAUAAAGAUGAUAUUUUAAAUUUAUACGGUGUUAAACAUGAACAAAUUAUUGGAGAUGGAUCAGGAAUGGGAGAAAACUCCAUCAAAAUUACAAAAGAUAUUCAAAAUAGCGUAGUUGAAACAAUUUUAAAAAUAUUUGAUACAAACAAAGACGAAACAAUAAGUUUAGAAGAAUGGUUAGAUUUUUUUAAUAAAGGAGGAGAAUUACCAGAUUUUGGUUAUGGUCAAGGUCAUCACUUAGAUUUUGAAAGUGAAUAUGAAGAACAUCACUGGAAACAAUAUCAUGCAGAAAAUGAUCCUGAUACUUUAAUAAAACACAAGGAAGAUAUUGAACAUGAAUUAUUACAUCAUAAACAUGAAAUUGAAGAAACCCAUGAUCGUUCACAAAGACUAAAAAAAUUUGCAAAUGAUUAUUUAUCAAAUAUCAAAAUAGAAAAUUUAACUCCAAAAUAUCAAUUAUAG